AAGAAAGAGACUUAAAAAAUUCCUAUGGCUAAAACAAGCCACUCAACCUCAUCAAUGGCCACACAAAUCUGCAACCAAAUAGCCACCAUAUUCACCACCCCCACCACCACCGCGCCACCGUUAGACCUCCUAGUGGACCAAAUAACAACCACCGCGGCCCAAAACGGCCGCAUCUUUGUCUACGGAGUGGGCCGCGAAGGGCUCAUGUUGAAAGCCCUUUGUAUGCGACUAGCCCAUUUGGGCCUCUCAGCCCACUGUGUAUUUGACAUGACUACUCCCCCUAUUGGGCCCACUGACCUUUUAAUCGCCUCAGCUGGGCCUGGAGGAUUCUCCACCGUUGAUGCAAUCUGUGGGGUUGCUAAAUCCAACGGUGCUUGUGUGUUGCUUCUUACUGCUCAACCUGAAAGUGGAUCCUCUGUGGAGUAUGCCACCGUUGUGGCUCAUGUACCUGCUCAGACAAUGGCUGAUGAUGAUCAUGAUCAUCAAGGAGGACACGUGGAGGAAUCUAGACCGUUGUUGCUUCCUAUGGGAAGUCUUUAUGAGGGUGCUUUGUUUGUGUUGUUUGAAAUGGUUGUGUUUAGGGUUGGUGAUGUUUUGGGCCAAACACCUGAAGUUGUGAGGGCAAGGCACACUAAUUUAGAAUGAAAAGUUUCCAAGUGUAGAUCUUUGAUCUGUUGGUUAAAACUGAUAGUCUGUUUACAAUAAGUCUCAGACUAAAAUGUAUAAGAAGUUCAUGAUCCGAUGUACAAUAUUUGCUUGUUCUUUCAAAUAGUUUAUUUAGAGGUGAUAAUAAAUCUCAACAUAACGCUAAUUCAUUUUCAA